ACUCAUCUGUUAUUAUUAAUUAGUGUAUUUUAAUCUAUCUAGUAGCCGUUUAUUUUUGUCUAUCUACUUAGCCGCCAGCCUGGCAAUCCACAUAUGCGUGCAUUAUUAACAGAAUCUGCUAUAACAAGUUAAUAAUUUGACAGUGACGCCAUUGGAAUUGAAAUCAAUAAGGUGCGCCAGACACGCAGCCAAACAGCAUACUCUGAUAGUAGUUCAUAAGCCUGCUACAAUGCGAAAGUGUAAAGCCAACGUAUUUCAAGAUAUUUAUAAUCAACCAUACAAUAACAACACUAGGAUCAAGUUGUAUAAUAGUAGUAAAUCUAGUUUACAAUUAAUACAGCGAAUGUCAUUAUUGAAAAGACUAAAAGUACAUCAUGGUUGUGUUAAUUCAAUUUGUUGGAAUAGUAGCGGUGAUUUAAUUUUAUCUGGUAGUGAUGACCAACAUUUAGUUCUCACAAAUGCUUACAAUUAUCAGGUACUGUCUGAUUAUAAAACUAGUCAUCGAGCAAAUAUAUUUAGUGCCAAGUUCUUGCCUAAUAAUGGAGAUCAUCGCAUUGUUUCUUGCAGUGGCGAUGGUAUUAUUUUAUAUACUGACUUACUGAGAAAAACAGAAACUUCUCAUAAUAAAUUUACAUGUCAUAGUGGAACUACUUAUGAGGUGGCAACAAUCCCUUGUGAGCCACAUAAUUUUUUAAGUUGUGGAGAAGACGGAACAGUUAGAUGGUUUGAUUUGCGUAUUAAAGAUAAAUGUAAUAAUUAUAGAUGUACAGAGGAUAUCUUAAUUUAUUGUGAAAGAGCAGCAACAGCAAUAUCAGUUAAUCCUGUAAUGCUACAUCAAAUAGCUAUAGGAUGUUCUGAUAGUACUGUAAGAACAUUUGACAGAAGAAUGCUUGGAACAAAAGCAACAGGUUGGAUAAAUACAGGAACUAAUGUAAAACCAUUGUAUAGUUUUACUGUACCAGAAUUUGAAGGAAAUUCUUAUAGAAUUACAUCACUGAGUUAUAGUCCUGACGGCCAAGAUGUCCUUGUUAGUUACAGCAGUGAUCAUUUAUAUUUAUUUAGUAUGAAAGAACAAGAUUGUAUACAAUUAAGAAAAGAAAACACAACUGGAAAAGGUAAGGGAAAAAGAUAUCCAUCUAGAUCUCCACAACCAGUUAGACGCUUACGAUUACGAGGUGAUUGGUCAGAUACUGGACCAAAUGCUCGGCCAGAAAGAGAGGGUGGUCGACGCAGUGGAACAGAAAUAGCUCAAGCACGGCCAGUUUUAUAUACUUCCUUAAUGCAAAGAAUGACCGAUGUAUUAAGUAGUAUAUUAAAUGAUCCAGCAACACGUGCUGCUCUUAGUGGUGGUGGAGAAGAUAGUCUUGAAGGUGUUAUAGAUCAACAAGGAGAAAGUAGUCAGCAAAGUAAUAUUAAUAAUGUUGUAAUAAAUGAAGAAAGAAACACUGAUAUCAAUGACAGAGAACAACAAUCUAUAAACAAUGAAUCAUCCAAUAAUAUUGAAAGUAAUACUUCUACUAUAACAAAUGCAGAAAGUAAUCAAGUAAUUGCUAAUGAGUCUAUAAAUGAAACAACGUUUUUACCAGAGAUUUCAUCUAUUGAUAGCAAACUUAGAUGUAAAUCCCAAGUUUCUGUAGAAAUUAAAUCUAGUUCAAGUGAAACAAAAAAUUUGGAUCAAUGUAAUACUACUCAAAAUGUGUAUGAAAUUGAAUCUACUGGUGAACGAAGUUCAAAUGCAACAGAAUCUUCUAGCGUUGAAAGUAAUAAUAGUAAUAGUAUGAUGGAAAAUCUUCAAGAUAGACUAACUACUAUGAGAGAUGGAUUUCUUGAAAGGCAUGGUAGUGAACCAACUGUUAAAUUAACUUAUUCAGAUAAAAGUUCUACAAGUGCUACAAUUUCCCUUGGAGUUGCAAAUGUAGAAAACUAUCAACAAGAAACUUCUGAAGAAUCUUCUAAAAAUAAUUUCUCUAAUCCUGGACCAAGUAAUUCUUGUUCUAAGCAAUUUACUUAUGCCGCAAAUCAAGAAGCAACUAAUGAAGAUAUUUAUAAUGAUAGUGAUGAUGACGAUAUUGAUGCAGAUAGACGAAUGGAUAAUCCUAUUGAAUUGGAAAUGGGUAAAUCAAUAGAAAAUACUUCAGGUGUUCAAGGUCUCGAAAAUUAUAAUAAUUCACAGUCAGAUCUACAUGUAAGGCAAAAAUAUGUGGGUCAUCGCAAUGCCAGGACUAUGAUCAAAGAAGCAAACUUUUGGGGUGAUGACUUUGUCAUGUCAGGCAGCGAUUGUGGUCACGUUUUUGUUUGGGAACGGGACACAGCAAAGUUGUGUAUGCUUCUUGAAGCGGAUCAGCAUGUCGUUAAUUGUUUGCAACCUCAUCCGUUUUUGCCAAUGCUUGCUACUUCAGGCAUUGAUUAUGAUGUCAAAUUGUGGGCACCUAUUAACGAGGAAUCUAAUUUUAAUGAGAAAUUUGCAGAAGAUUUGAAAAAACGAAAUGCCGUUAUGUUGGAAGAAACCAAAGAUACAAUUACUGUUCCUGCAGCAUUUAUGAUUCGAAUGUUGGCUUGUCUUAAUCAAAUCAGAAGAGGUCGUGGUCGAAAUAUUAGAAGAAGCGGUGAUGAAGAAUGAAGAUAUAUAUUUUUUUUAGGAGACAUUGAUUUCUUUUGAGUUUUUCAUUGGCCAUUGUGAUGUAUUCAUUUUUUAUAUUGAAAAAGAAAAAAAAAUUAUGCAGUGAAUGCAAAAUAUGUUAAAAUGAGUAAAGGACAUGCAAUGUAGUUACAUUAGGUUGACUAUAAUUAAUAUAAAUCAGUGUGUUGAAAAAUGAUACAAAAAACUAAAAUAUGCCA